GGGAACUUCGUCGCUCGCUACAAGUGCCAUGUGUGCGAUCAGUGCUUCACCCGAGGCAACAACCUGACCGUUCACCUGCACAAAAAGCACCAGUUCAAAUGGCCCUCAGGACACCCAAGGUUCAGGUAUAAGCAGCACGACGACGGCUUCCUGCGGCUCCAACUGAUCCGCUACGAGAGCGUGGAGCUGACCGAGCAGCUGAUGAGGGAGCGGCAGAGUAGGCAAGGGGAGGAGGACGAGGACGAUGGCGUGAAUGAGGAAGAACCCUCGGGGGCCGCUCCCUCAGAGCUGCAGGUAGAACUGAGAGGGGUUUUACUGGAGGAGCCAGAAGCCAGCGGUCAGGAGGAGGAGGAGGAGGAGGGGGGGAUGAUGUACGUCCUCACGGGGGGUUUGUCACCAGCGGAGGAGGAGGACAUGCAGCAGAUCCACGAUAGUGAUCAGGGAGCGAUGGUGCUUUGACUGCUACAGCCCUGCCUACACGUACCAUAGACGAGAAGACGAUCUGUAAUGUUUCACAUAUCAUGAUAUAUGUUUAAAGGACCUUGUUGUGUUUCUAAGCCUUUUAACGGGGGUUGAAAGCACGUAAUAAUAAUAAUUGAAAACGUCAGAAUGAGAAGACAUUUUGACUAUAAGCCUAUGUUAGGUUUUACGUGUGUUUUUUAUUUGCUGAUAUUGAGCGUGCGGAAAAGAAUGUGCCCAGUAUUUUUGUAAUUAUUCAUGCUUAUAGUUUAUACUGUAACGUCUUGGGUUGGAUAUUAAUGCUACACGGCCAAGUGGGAAAGCCAAUUUUUUUAUUGAAGAAUUCACCCCUAGACACAUGUUCCUGUUACCUGUAGUGCUAUUUCUUCAUUUAGAUAUUUCUGUUGUGUGUUGGUGAUAUCAGUCGUAGAGAUGUCCCGGUUACUGAAGAUAAUCCACAGACAUGUUGUGAACAGUUUCAUGUAGGAAACACUAUCUUUCUAUUGAAGCACAUCCCAUUACGUUUGAGUAAAUAGCACUAUAGAUACGAUGGAAACAUGUACUUUUUGACUUUGAGGUGAAAUGUGAGAUAUGAUUGAUAAGAAUGGUGUGUUUGCAUUAAUAUCCACUGACAUGUGGCAAAGAGGGCCUACCUCAUAGUGCGUUAUCUCUAACUCAAAUAAACUAGUAAAUCUGAAUGUUUGAAAUAAAUCACAUCCUACAUUUAUUUUUUUGUAUUAAUCAAAUGUUGUGAUUUAAAUGUCUUAAUUAUUUCAUACUAGAAAAUGCCUUUUUUAUUUAAUGGCUACGAUUUACUGGUAACAUAAUAAACAGUAUAUCCACCAUCUUUACUUCCAUUAUAGCGCCCCCUGCUGGAUCUAACUGCUUGACUACAGCUCCAUGCUAUGAGUCAU